UCGCGAUGAUUCCUGAACGGUGGCGUUGUUCGGGCGAGCCGACGACGAGACCGUAGCUGUCUGGAAAUUUGUCUCGUGCGUUAGACUCAAACGUAUUCUUCAUAUUCGACAUUUUUGUUGGGCCGACAAGUUAAUCAUUUCAUAUUUUAUCACACUUUACUGUUAGUGUCCUGAUUUAGGCUGAGGAGAAUGGCUGCCGCUGAGGUGAACGGUAGUUCCGCCCCGGUGAAGGAGGAGGAAGAGCCCAUGGAUGUGACAACAACACACACAGAGAACUACCAGACGCUCAUUGAUGCGGGGCUGCCCCAGAAAGUGGCAGAAAGUCUAGAUAACAUCUUCCAGACAGGCUUGGUUGCCUAUGUAGACCUAGACGAAAGGGCCAUUGAUGCACUGCGGGAAUUCAAUGAAGAGGGCGCGCUUACUGUGCUGCAGCAGUUCAAAGAGAGCGACCUGUCCCAUGUACAGAAUAAAAGUGCUUUCCUUUGUGGAGUCAUGAAGACUUACAGACAGAGAGAAAAACAAGGGAGUAAAGUACAGGAGUCCACCAAAGGCCCCGAUGAAGCAAAAAUAAAGGCUUUGUUGGAGCGGACAGGAUACACCCUGGAUGUUACCACAGGGCAGAGAAAAUACGGAGGGCCCCCACCCGAGGAUGUGUUCAAAGGAUCACAACCAGGGAUAGGAACUGAGGUAUUCGUUGGAAAAAUCCCAAGGGAUUUGUACGAAGAUGAGCUGGUGCCACUCUUUGAGUCUGCAGGUGCAAUCUGGGACCUCAGGUUAAUGAUGGACCCGCUCUCUGGACAGAAUAGAGGUUACGCCUUCAUCACAUACUGCAAUAAGGAUGAUGCCCAAAAGGCCGUGAAGCUUUGUGAUAACCAUGAAAUCCGCCCCGGCAAGUACUUGGGAGUGUGUAUAUCUGUUGCAAACAAUCGCCUGUUUGUCGGAUCAAUUCCAAAGAACAAGACAAGAGAAAGUAUAUUGGAAGACUUUGGCAAAGUUACAGAGGGUCUCCAAGAGGUCAUAUUGUAUCACCAGCCAGAUGACAAGAAGAAGAACCGUGGCUUCUGUUUCCUCGAGUACGAGGACCACAAGUCUGCAGCACAGGCUCGGCGUCGCCUAAUGAGUGGCAAGGUCAAGGUGUGGGGGAAUCCAGUCACUGUAGAGUGGGCUGACCCUGUCGCUGAGCCAGACCCGGAAGUCAUGGCAAAGGUCAAGGUGCUCUUUGUAAGGAAGCUGGCCACAGCAGUGACUGAAGAACUUCUUGAAAAGACCUUCUCUCAGUUUGGAAAGCUGGAGCGAGUUAAGAAAUUAAAAGAUUAUGCAUUUGUCCAUUUUGAGGAAAGAGAUGCUGCUGUAAAGGCAAUGGAGGAGAUGAACGGGAAAGAGCUGGGAGGAGAGGAAAUUGAGAUUGUUCUGGCAAAGCCCCCAGACAAGAAGAGGAAAGAGCGCCAAGCAGCUCGGCAGACCACCAGGAAUGCAGGGUAUGAUGACUACUACUACUACCCGCCUCCACGCAUGCCCCCGCCAGGCCGAGGCAGGGGUCGUGGAGGCCGAGGGGGCUAUGCCUAUCCACCAGAUUACUAUGGAUAUGAAGACUACUAUGAUGACUACUAUGGCUACGACUAUCAUGACUACCGUGGUGGCUACGAAGACCCUUACUACGGCUACGAAGAUGUGUACAGCAUGAGGGGCCGUGGUACUCGUCCCAGCAGGGGGGGACCUCCGCCACCUCGGGCCCGUGGAGCGCCACCGGCACGUGGCCGAGGCGGCUAUGCCCAAAGAGGGCCACCCCUCGGUGGUCCAAGGGGUGGCCGAGGAGGGCGGGGAGCCCCUUUCCAGCCGCAGAGGGGGCGCGGUCCUCGUGGGGCCAGGGGCAAUCGCGGAGGCAACGUCGGCGGAAAGAGGAAGGCAGACGUGUUUAACCAGCCUGACUCCAAGCGCCGCCAGACCAACAACCAACAGAACUGGGGGUCCCAGCCCAUCGCCCAGCAGCCCCUGCAGCAAGGGGCCGACUAUUCCGCAUACCCAGUAAGAACCAGCAAGAGAAGAAGUUUGGGGAUGCAGCCAAGGAAAUGUAUAAUACUGCACUAUUAAUGUAGUAGAGGUGGAGAAGCAUUGAGAGCGGCACCACUAGAAUGAGGAACUCACCUGAACGGUACUCAAGGGCUAUGAAGAACACAAGUCACUAAAGUUGACUGAAGAUUCAUUGGGAAUAUUAAAAUUAAUUGUGUUAUGUUUCUGGGGUUUUGACAGCCCUCCUUGAUCCUCCUUCCAUCCUUCACAUAUAUAGUGCAUAUUUUCCCCUUGAGCCAAAUGAAAAGUCAUGCACAAUUUAAAGAACCAGAUCGCUGUUUUUUUGUUUGUUUGUUUUUAAAUAACUGGAUUAAACAGCUAGAAGGCAGACAGUCAAGGAUUUGGUAAGCAUUAUAAACCCCCAAACCCUGUGAACACCUGUUGCCUGUCUUGGCUUACCACACCAAAAAUCACCUCAGCUGUCUUCACACACUUUCUGUGAAUGGAGGGUGGUGCUGGAUGCUUCCCCUCUUACACCACUAGAGGUUGCAGCUCCAUACCAGCACGACCAGCGAUCCAUUGCUCCUUUAUCCGACGCUGCAUUUAUUUGUCAUUAUCUGAGUUGGAAACGUGUUGAUUAAUAGGCAGGUGUUUACUUUAGGAGCUGUCUCAACAAUAUUCCAAAAGCAGUUGGGAGUUGGGAGUUAAAUGUUGGUAAAAUUGACUGAUGCUGGAACAAUGGCUGUGCCUCAAAAAUUUUGUAUGUACCCCUCAGUGCCACAAGAUGGCAGUAUUUAUUUUGCACAGGUAAGACUGAAACAGAGAACACAGUAUUACAGCAGAAAGCCAAGUCCAUUAGUUGACCCAGAUUUUGUUUUGCGUUGAAGUGCCAUCAAAUGCUGGAGUGUCCUUUACAGUUUCUCAUAUCCGAACUAUGUAUUUGUGUUUAUAUGUUGCCUCUCGUCAGCAGACGGUAAAGGAGCUGCCCCCCCCCUCCCAUCCAUGUGAAUGAGUUCACACAAAUGGAAGGGACUGAUUGUUCUGAGACAGGAGACUGUUUGUCCACAAGCUCGGAGUCAGACUCAUCCCUCAGAAAGAACUACUUUCUGGACCAUACACUUUGAGGUCCUGUACUCAUGGAGUUACUGUUCAGCAGAAGACACAGAAGCCUUGGAGGAUACAGCUGGACAUUUCUGUGAUCCAGAGCUCCAUCCAGCAGAUUGCUGCUUCCUUAUACAGGAAAACAGUUACUGUAAAGGGAAAUUACAUGCUGUUCCUUGAUUGGUCAAUACAUUUUUAUUUUCCAAGUAAA